CUCCUCCUCUUCAUUCAUCCCUCCCUCUCUGCCUGAGGGCUCAGCUUUUUGCAAAACUAUUAAGUAUACUAUAUUUUAUGAUUUAUGAAAUAGUCCAGGAAUGAAGACUGCUACUCUAGCAGCUGACAUCAGAAAGGUCAAGGUCAAAAUCCUCUGCUCCAGGCCUCCUAACAAUACAUUCCUUGCUUGGGUUUGAUUUAGCAAUUGCCUCCCUCUAGACUCUAAGUGAAUGCUCCCUCAUGCAUUCACUCAUUUAUUCAGAGAUGGCUUCUUUGCAUGCCUGCCAUGUUCCAGAUGUGGAGGGAAGCUCAUAUAUGAAAAUACCUUCGAGGAAACUGCACUGCAAGUGGUCACUCACUUUCUCCUCUUUACACAGAUCUCUAGGACAGCCAUGGCAACAGUACCUGAGCUCACCAGUGAGAUGAUGGCUUACCACAGUGGCAAUGAAAAUGACCUGUUCUUUGAGGCCGAUGGUCCCAAUUACAUGAAGAGCUGCUUCCAGGACCUGGACCUCUGCUGUCCAGACGAGGGCAUCCAGCUGCGCAUCUCCUGCCAACCCUACAACAAGAGCUUCCGGCAGGUCUUGUCAGUCGUUGUGGCUCUGGAGAAGCUGCGGCAGAAAGCAGUUCCCUGCCCACAGGCCUUCCAGGAUGACGGCCUGAGAACUUUCUUUUCCUUAAUCUUUGAAGAAGAACCCGUCCUCUGCAACACCUGGGAUGACUACAGUCUUGAGUGUGAUGCAGUACGAUCACUGCACUGCAGGCUCCAGGAUGCACAACAGAAAUCCCUGGUGUUGUCUGGCACGUAUGAGCUGAAAGCUCUCCACCUCAAUGCAGAGAAUCUGAACCAACAAGUGGUGUUCUCCAUGAGUUUUGUGCAAGGAGAAGAAAGUAACGACAAGAUACCUGUGGCCUUGGGCCUCAGGGGGAAGAAUCUGUACCUGUCCUGCGUGAUGAAAGACGAUAAACCUACCCUGCAGCUGGAGAGUGUAGACCCCAACCGUUACCCAAAGAAGAAGAUGGAAAAACGAUUUGUCUUCAACAAGAUAGAAAUCAAGGACAAGCUGGAAUUUGAGUCUGCCCAGUUCCCCAACUGGUACAUCAGCACCUCUCAGACAGAGUACAUGCCCGUCUUCCUGGGAAACAACAGUGGCGGCCAAGACCUAAUUGACUUCAGCAUGGAAUUCGUGUCUUCCUAAAGCAAGCCUUACAAGGAGGGUCCGCGGUGCUGAAUGUGUUCACCCCUGCGGCUGGCAGACGGGAAACAGAUUGUGACACCCCACUGCCUUCCCUUGGGAAAAUUAAGGAGAGCUCUUUCCCACCAGCUGGGAGCAGCAGCUCUCUCCUCCCAGGGCCACUCCUCCGACCCUUGCUGAGCCAGCCUCUCUUACCUCUGCCAUUCAGGCAAGGCCAGCCUGACAGUUCAAAGAACCUUGGUACCCAGCUUCUAUCAGCAACCACUAAAUUAUCUAUUUAUGUAUUUAUUGAUAGGGUGGUCUAUUUAAUCCAAGGAGACCAGAGGCAGCAGCAUCUUCAGUAUUUAUGGAAUAAAUUUAAUCUGAACUUGUAUGCUGUCUACAUCAAGUCCUUUCACCAGGGCCAGAAGUAUAUAAGCUUGGGCUGAGUUAUUUAAAUAGGAAUAAUUAUGGGUGAAGAAGUAUGAUCACACUGUUUCAAUGGUUCUGAAAUAAACUAUACUGGAA